CCGAGCCAUGAGUGGCAGCAAGACUGGACUGUUUGCGCAUGUAAGGAGGGUGGCUCCGGGGGUAAUUUGGACACACUGCCUGAUUCAUAGAGAGGCUCUCGCCUCCAAAGAUCUCAGUGUUGAGCUCAGUGGUGUGUUUGAUGUCGUUGUCAAGACGGUCAACUUCAUAAAACGAAACGCAUUGAAUACACGCCUGUUUUCAUCCCUAUGCCAUGACUUGGGAAGUGAACACAGCUCUCUCCUUUAUCAUUCAGAGGUGCGUUGGCUGUCUCGCGGCGCUGUGCUCGCCCGUGUGUUUGAACUACGCGGAGCUAUCUACGAGUUCUUGUGCGAGAAGCAUUCUGAUCUGGCUUCCAAUUUCAACGAUAGUUACUGGUUAACUAAGCUGGCGUACCUCACAGAUGUUUUUGCAGAGCUGAACAAGUUGAACAGCUCCAUGCAAGGGAGAGAUGCAAACGUCAUGCAGCUCUACGAGAAGCUCGACGCAUUUGUGAAAAAAAUGUCAAAGUGGAUCGAACGAGUGGAGAGCAAUAACUUGGCGAUGUUUCCUUCAGUUGAGGAAUACCCUGACAGCACUGACAUCAACGACACUAUAUGUGAGCAUUUGAGGAAGCUUGUGCGUCAAUUCGCAAAGUACUUCACUGAUUCGGAAGAGUGGCGCCGUGACAGCAAGUGGAUCCUGCUCCCAUUCAGUGACGAUGCAUCAGUAGGGUCAAGUCUGACGGCUGUGGAAGAGGAUAAGCUGAUUGAGAUGUCCACAGACUCUGUCAGGAGGCAUAUGUACGACACACAGCCCCUUGUUAAAUUCUGGAUAAGUUGCCAGACAGAAUUUCCACAGCUUGCUGCAAAAGCAAUGAGGUGUCUUUUGCCCUUUCCAACCACAUACCUGUGUGAGAGUGGUUUUUCUACACUGGCGUACUUAAAGAAUAAGUACAGGGCUAGGCUUGAUCCAGAGAAUGACAUGAGACUGUCUCUGUCUACCAUUUCGCCACGAAUAGACAGGCUGUGUGGACUUCACCACGCCCAGAUAUCACACUGACAGCAGGUGAUUGGUGACAGGUCUGUCCUGGCUGGGUUAUAAAAGCCCUGACCAGCCAGCAGUUGAGGCUGCCUUGGUCUUCAUUUGUUGGAUUUUGGUUCUCCGGUGUUGUUGGAUUUUUGUUCUCCGUUGUUGUUUUGUCACACACCUAGACUGACUUUGCAUGACAUUUUUAGUUACUUUUCCCAAUACUGAAUUGCACAACACUUUAUUAUUCUUUAUUCUUUCUUUAAAAUAAUCUUUAAUUUAAUUUAAUUUAAUAAAUCUACUUUUAUUAUUAUAAAAUCUGCGUGGCCUCUCUUUCAUGUUUCAUGCAUUGAGCUAUGCAUGUAACACCAAAUACGCACGCGCAGGCACAUCAGUGGGCCGCGGAUUGCUUUCCUAGUCCGAAUGGUGGUCCCUGGGACAAAACCAGUUGAA